AUGGCCUGUGUCCUGCAUGCGCCGGUGACAAAGCGAACAAGCAUGUCUUUGAGCUACGCGGCAAAGCACCUUAUCAUGCUGACAGUCAGCUCUAGCGAUCCCAGGUUGACAGCCUGGUUUGUCUGCCUUGGCAAAAAAGGGCAGCAGCAGCUGCAUUCUGUGCUCUUCAGUCUGUCGAGACGAGGGGCGCUGAUGUGCGGCUUUGCGACCCACUUCCACGUCAGGACCACCUGUUGUGGCCACGGGCACGGGCGCGAUGGCACAGUGUUUCAUGGGGUUGCACUAGAACGACUGCAGUUGCAGACGGUGAUGCGGGAGCGCACGCGAUUGCCUCUACUUGAGAGCCUCCACGAUGUCAGUGAGGUCGCGGUCAAGACCUGGCGUCGCGCAUCGAAAGAUCAA